AUGGGUUCAAAGGUACACUUCAUAGUCUCAACUUCUUGUCUUCCCCAUACCUUCAUGGGUCUUCACCUUCCUAAGCAACUCACUGAAGGUUUGUUAAGUUCACUUUCUAUUCUCUAUCUCCAUGAAAACGAUCUCACUGGUCCAAUACCUAUUUCUAUUGGAAGCUUGCACAAUUUGUCCCGAUUUAUCCUCGUUGACAAUAGGCUUAAUGGUUCCAUACCUGAAGAAGUUGGAAUGAUGAGGUCACUUGUUAUGCUUGAUCUUUCAAUGAACUACCUAACUGGUCCUAUCCCAGCAUCUCUGGGAAACCUAAGUAACUUGGUAUGGCUUUAUCUGUAUGGUAAUAACCUCUCUGGUUCUAUUCCCAUGAAAUAG